CGUCCCAUUGGUCCGCGCAGUCGGGACUUCGGCGGAUUCUCUCUUAGGGCUCAAGGCGCCGAUCCACUUCUUUUCCUCCGAGCGAGCGCUCUUUCUUCCAAAGUGCCGGAGCUGCCAGCCCGAAGGGUCCGGACCGAGCUAAGCUGGGUAACUGCACUGAGGCACCAUGACGACCCUGGAUGAUAAGUUGCUGGGGGAGAAGCUGCAGUACUAUUACAGCAGCAGUGAGGAUGAGGACAGCGACCACGAGGACAAGGACAGAAGCAGGGGUGCCCUGGCCGGUAGCUCCAUACCUGCAGACGCUGAGUUGGCAGGCGAAGGCAUCUCAGUUAACACAGGUCCAAAAGGUGUGAUCAAUGACUGGCGCCGUUUCAAACAGUUGGAGACAGAGCAAAAGGAGGAGCAAUGCCGGGAGAUGGAAAGGCUGAUCAAGAAACUGUCAAUGACCUGCAGAUCCCAUCUGGACGAAGAGGAGGAGCAACGGAAGCAGAAGGACCUCCAGGAGAAGAUCAGUGGGAAGAUGACCCUGAAGGAGUUUGCCGUGGUGAAUGAGGACCAAGACGACGAAGCGUUUCUGCAGCAGUACCGGAAGCAGAGAAUGGAAGAGAUGCGGCAGCACCUUCACAAGGGGCCCCAAUUCAGGCAGGUUUUUGAGAUCCCCAGUGGAGAAGGGUUUUUGGAAAUGAUUGAUAAAGAACAGAAAAGCACCCUCAUCAUGGUCCAUAUCUAUGAGGACGGCAUCCCGGGGACCGACGCCAUGCAUGGCUGCAUGAUCUGCCUUGCUGCAGAGUACCCAGCUGUCAAGUUCUGCCGCGUGAAGAGCUCGGUUAUCGGAGCCAGCAGUCGGUUCACCAGCAAUGCCCUUCCCGCCCUGCUGAUCUACAAGGGGGGCGAAUUGAUUGGCAAUUUUGUUCGAGUCACUGACCAGCUGGGGGAAGAUUUCUUUGCCGUGGACCUUGAAGCUUUUCUGCAGGAAUUUGGAUUGCUCCCAGAAAAGGAAGGCUUGGUGCUGACGUCCGUGCGUAACUCUGCCACCUAUCACAGUGAGGAUAGCGAUUUGGAAAUAGAUUGAACUGAUAAUCUUAUGGCAUGGAUUUCUCAUUGUUUGGGCUGGAAGGCACAUGUCUGUGUGUUUAUUUUUGUUCCUUCCUGUGUCUGCUGGCUUUGCAGCUGUUCUUUGUAGUCCCUUUUAUCAUAUGUGGAGUCAAGAAAUUCUCAGAUUAAAUCAGAAUGCUGAAUCACCUUGUGACUAGCCAUAAAGUGACUUAAAGUUGUAUAAACAGGAAGCUAGGCUUUUGAACGGUUUACUUAAAAUUCUCCAGCAUGACAUCCUUGUUGUUGUUUCCAGUCAAUAUUUACAUGGCAUCCUAAAGACAGUGUCCUGGAAAUUGUCUUCAGAUGAUCUCCGAGGCCUCUGCCAGGUCUGGGAGUAGAAUUCUAUGGUUAAUUUGUUAUUUGCAACAUAAAUAAUGCACUUCCUUCAUCAGAUGAUUGUCAAUUAUAUUUACUUGUAAUCAGAUCCAUAGUCCAAGAAGGAAGUUAAAUUGUUCCCCCUAGACCCUGUUCUCUAUUGGAGUCUUGUUUUAAGAUUCCAGAUGACGUGCAUUUGCCCCAUCAAGCGGGGUGACCCCUGCUGCUGGAGUCAGUGUUCCCCUCAAGCAUUAUUAAGUCUAGAGUAGGAGGAAAGAUUGAUGCUGACUGUCCCGUUGAUGCUGGGAGACCAGUUUGACUUACAAAUGAGAGCUGGGUGGAGCUGGCAAGUCUUGUUAGAGGAGGCUCUUUCAGUACCAUAAUCCUCAUCUCUUUCGCUGUUGUCUCUCUUUUAUGUAACAAGGUAUUUUUCUGUGUAAUGUAGCUUUUAAAAAAAAAACUCUCUUUCCAAAAUGUUUUCUUUGUAGAUGUAGAUGUUUUGCUUGUUGUUAAAUAAAACAAUGGGAUCAUUCUGAGCAUACUGUUUUAUAGUAUGGUCAACCAAUAGAACAAGCUUGUUUUCAUGUUAUGAGAUACUCUUAUACAACAUUUUUUAAAUGGCUGUUGCUAUUCCAUCGUAUAGGUGUGCUGUAAUUUGCUUGGCAGUUGUCUCUUAAAAAGAAAAACAGCACAGACUUUUUAUUACAGAAGUAAUAAUGUUCAUUAUAGAAAAUAAAAAAAAUUAUUAAGCUAAACAGUGAUUUGAAAAGCCUUAUAAUUCUACCAACCAAAAAUAAUCCUCAUUAUCAUUUUUAGAAGUAUCUUUCUAAUUUUUUCUGUGUAUUUAUAAUGGUUAUUUGCUUUUCUUUCCUCUUGUUUUUUUUUACUUUUGAAAAUGUACAUUUUAGUGUUGAGGAAAAUGUAAUCAGGAAUUAAAUAUUAGCUUUAAAAUCCACAGUUUUACUUUUCCUGGCUACUUAGGAAUUGACUGACUAUAGAACGGUCUUGAAAGUAUCUGUUGUAGUUAAUUAAGAAAAAGAAAGUGCAUGGUUUUCUGAUUAAAAAAGCUCAUUGUAAAAGUGUGGAAAGUACAGAAAAUUAUUAGAAGCAGAUAAAACUGUUGUCAAUGUUCUAGUUUAUUUUCUUGCAGUCUUUUUUCAGUAUUUUUAAUUACAUUGAGAGCUUACUACAUUUAGUUAUGUGUUCUAUUUUAUUUAAUAUAAAUACUUUGACAUGUUAUAAAAAUUUUAAAUAAAUAAUUUUUAAUGGC